AUGCUGUUAUCGUCGAAUUCGUUUUCGAGCUGCUGGAGUUUGCGCAAAUUUCCUGUCAGAACUUUAGUGCAUACCGUUUGUGUUUAGCGUACCCAGUACUGGGGAUGGAAAUAAAAACCUUUCUAUUUCAAAAAAAAAAAUGAAAACUAUUUUUUUUUGUUUAAGAGUUAAUUUAAAACAAAAUUAUGGAGCGACAGAUUACCUCCUAAGACAAGUCAAUUAAUCACGAGUGCCGGCCACUCGCUGUUCAUUCACGUAUGAGCUCAUUGGAUCGCUGAUGAACGAUCAAAGGGCGACAAUCAUGGGUGUUCCGCAUUAGUGAAGACAGGCGUACAGGCAUCAUUUGAUUCAGCAAAGCUGGAUUAUAAAUCUAACCUUGUCCUAGAUAAAAGCAACCAGCAUUGUUGAUCCAAUGAAGAUUGACAAAUAACAUAUUGUUGGAUUAAUGGGAACUUUGAAGUGAUUGAGAAUUACAAUCUCUAAUUCAUUCCAAUUUCUAAUCGAUCCGUUUGGCAAGCUGAGGUUUUAAAUAACAUGGCAAUUAAGAUUACCCAAUCAUUAGUGAGAAAUCCUGAUCCUUUACGAUACCCAAGUCCAUCAGUGGCAGAAAGUACUGUUUGUAGCUGGAACUCAAGGAAAGCUAAUUCUACAUGGAAAGGUUUUAUCCAUUUCAGGAUUGCUUCCACACCACCAUUUAGAAAUAAGGGUGACAGUUCAAAGAGAGGAGCUCGCCAGGUAAGUUUUGUUUUAGAUACAGGAGCAAAUUCAGACAGAAAUGAGGGCACAGUCAAUGAAGAUAUUCCCAGAACAGGCCUUGGAAGUACUCGCUUGGGUAGAAUAAUUCAAGCUAGUGGAAGUCGACUCUUAAAUAAAAUUAAUGGAGCCCGAAGCAAUUUUCCAAUGAAAACAUUUCUUCUACUCUUAGGUUAUUAUACAGCAAAUGCUUUGGCUACAAUUAUAGGACAAACAGGUGAUUGGGAUGUUUUGGUUGCUGGUAUUGUAGUUGCUGCAAUUGAGGGCAUUGGUAUACUAAUGUAUAGAAACCCUAUACCUAUACGCAAACUACAGUCUUUAGUGGUUAUGGUAAACUUCUGGAAAGCAGGAGUCUGCUUGGGCCUUUUUGUGGAUGCCUUUAAACUUGGGAGCUAAAUGGUGUUACAUAGGUGGUCAAAAUUGAUUCAUUCAAUAGUUCCAAUUCCGAAUUCAUGCUUCGAUAAUAUCAUAGUUUUUUUUUCUUUC